GUGGGUGACGGAGGCUGCUGCAAAAGGUAAACUCAAAGGUGAGGUUGAGCGAUAAACACAAAAAGCAACCGAGUGUUGGAGAGACAAUUCUCUCUGUGUUUUUUAUUUUCAGCCGUGUUUGAUCGUUCUUCUUCUUCUUCUCCUCUCCCCCCCCCUCCUCUGAAUCCCGCUUCUCUGUAUCCCUUUCUGUCAUCAUCUGUCUUUCAAAAUAUUUUUUUUGGGGGGUAUUUUGAACAAGAAAAAAGCAAACUUGGAAUGGUUUUUGGAGGUCAGGUGGUUCAGAAUAGUGAUCCAGUUUUUUCUUAAUGAAAUUACUUCAUGGUAACUUUAGGUGUUUUUUUUAGUUGAUGAUCUGCUUUUUCUUUUUUAUUUGAUCAACUGAGAGGGUUUUUUUUUCUGUCCCUCCUGUUGAUUCUUCUAGUUCUAGAGGUUUUCUUUGUUUUAAGACCUCUUUGAUCUUCUUUUCUUUUUAUUUUGUGGAAAAACCCUUUUUAUUCUUCUCUUCCGUUCUUCAAAAUUCUGACCUGGUUCUGUAGUUUUGGUAAUUUACAGGUUGGUUUGCAGUUUCUUUCUUUUCUCUUCUUUUUGUAAUUUUCUUGGUUAAACUAUUGGAGGUUUUCUUUACUUCAUCUUGAAGGCAUGGCAGCAGCUAUAGACAUUUACAGUAGCAGUAGCCCUGUCGUUUCAGAUCCCUUUAGAGAGGAGCUCAUGAAAGCACUGGAACCUUUUAUCAAAGGUGCUUCACCGGCCUCCUCUGCAACCCCAUCAACCUCCUCUCCCUCUUCUUCAUUACCUUCUACUUCUUCCUCUUCUUACCCUUUAUCUUAUUUCCCUUCUUCUAUCCCUUCCCAACCAAAUCCUAUCCCAAACUUUUGCUCGACAUCGACAACCCAUAUGUUUUCUCAAGGGUUCUCGAGCCAUGAUCAACUGGGUCUCGACCGAUCAGGAUCUAUCGGGCUUAACUACCUUAGCCCAUCUCAGAUUCAGCAGAUCCAAGCCCAGAUCCAGUUCCAGCAGCAGCUGGCUGCUAUGGCUGCCAUGGCUGCAGCUCCCGUCGUCCAGAACCAGAAUAAUCCAGGACAAUGGCAGCAGAAACAACAACAGCAGCAUACCCUUAAUUUCCUUAGCCCGAAGGCCAUCCCGAUGAAGCAAGUGGCUGGUUCAGUACCAAAGGCCACGAAGCUUUACAGAGGGGUGAGACAACGGCAUUGGGGGAAGUGGGUUGCUGAGAUCCGUUUACCGAAGAACCGCACCCGGCUUUGGCUGGGCACUUUCGAUACCGCCGAGGAAGCGGCUUUGGCUUAUGAUAAGGCCGCUUACAAGCUCAGGGGAGAGUUUGCAAGGCUGAAUUUUCCGAAUCUCCGGCACCAAGGAGCUCAUGUGGCAGGGGAAUUCGGCGAUUACAAGCCUCUCCAAUCCUCCGUGGACGCGAAGCUUCAAGCCAUUUGUCAAAGCUUGGCCAUUUCGCAGAAGCAGGGGAACUUAAGUAAGCCUGUGUUCCUCGCCGGCAAAAAGAAGACGACGAUGGACGGGCAACCGCAAGCGGAUUCGACAGUUUCACCAGCUCAGCCGCUGCAGACUUUGGUUUUGGAGAAGUCAUCACAAGGCGAAUCCGGGUUUCUGCCAUCAGAGAAUUGUAAGGUGGAGAACUCCUCAUCGCCGUCGUCGACAGACAGCGAUGAGUCUGCAGGGUCUUCGCCUGAUCCUGAUUUUAAGUUACCGGAUUUCACAGAGCCGCCAUGGGAUGAGUCCGAGAACCUUUCGUUGCAGAGAUAUCCUUCAUGGGAUAUCGAUUGGGAGUCUAUUCUGUCUUAAUUGGCAUCUGUUGUGGUCUUGUUUUUCCCUUCGUCUUUGUUUCUAGGUGCUUUCUUUUCUUCAUUUAUUUUUUUUCUGGGGGGUUUAAAGUGGUAAUCUCCGGUAGUUACUGCAAUGGGUUUUUAGCACAGCAGAGCUACUGUUGAGUAGUCAGAGUAAGGUUUAGUUUAAUAGUGUUCGGAUUUAGUGUUUUCUUUUUCUAUGUUGUUAAUAUCUCAUCUCUCCCUCCCUCCAAUCUCCAUCUGGUCGUUGCUGGUUUUUUUCUUGCGGGACCGGGGAGGCUUCUUCUUCUUCUUGAAUGUUUUUUAUUGGUUGUAGUCUUGUAGUCUAUAAUCUGUAUCAUGAUGUAGUAAAUUGUAAUUACUUCUGAAUAUUAUUAUGUAAAAUGAAUGGUGUGUGGCCUUCCUUGUUUGGUGUGAA